AUGGGCGGAUACGAUCCCUUGGCCAUCCCGCAUUUCGAAUACAGCACCGUUCCUGGCUACUUCCUGCAAGACGACCCCGAAACCGACCCCGCUGAUUUCGACUACGCAACAAGUGCAUUUGGCCUCAAAACCCAACCCUACGACACAGACGCCUCCUUCGACCCGCACCGCAACAAGACGCAAUGGGAACGCUUUGCAUAUAAACUACACUCCCUAAACGCCCACGCAGACCCCGACACCGAAUUCAAGCUCCUCUACCUCGGCCGACAUGGCGAGGGAUUCCAUAACGUCGCGGAGCGACUCUACGGGACUGAGGCGUGGGACCGCUACUGGUCCAAGCUGGACGGCGACGGCAACCUCUUCUGGUCCGACGCGCAUCUGACAGAAACAGGCAUUGCGCAGGCGCUAGUCGCGCGUGACGCAUGGAGGGCGCAGAUAAAGGAGCAUAUUCCGCUGCCACAAUUGUACUACGCAAGUCCGCUGGAUAGAUGUCUGGCAACCGCCAACCUGACAUUCAGCGACCUCCCCCUCCCGGCUGGCAGGGCUUUCAAACCGAUCGUGAAAGAGCUCCUCCGCGAAACCCUAGGAAUCCACACCUGCGACCGCCGCUCCCCAACAUCCUACAUCCUCUCCACCUACCCAACCUACACCCUCGAACCGCAUUUCGCCCCCACCGACCCACUCUGGACACCUGACCUGCGUGAGUCGAAUGCAGCGCGCAAGGUGCGGCUGCGCAACUUGCUCGAUGAUGUCGUGCGGGGGGUGUGGGGCCAGGGUGUGGAGUAUGUGUCGCUGACGGCGCAUUCGGGGGCGAUUACGUCGUUAUUGGAGGUGGUGGGGCAUAGGGAGUUUCCGGUGGGGACGGGGGGGGUUCUGCCGGCUUUUGUUAGGGUGGUGAGGAAGGGGGGUGCGUGGGGUGGGAGGGGGAGGGGGGAGGAGCCCAGGAGGGCGCUAGAGUGUUGGGAGGGGGUUUUGAGGAAUUGA